ACAGCUCAUGCUCGUCACAGUUUCCUGUGUGGUGUGAAGCUUGUCAGUUUGAUCAAACGGAGUUCAGACUUCUGGGUGAAAUAAAACUUUCCUUUCCAGCAGUUCAAAUGUCAAACCCGGUGGUCACCAAUCAACCUGGUGCAGGAGGCUAUGGGACGAAUGUCCAGACUGGAGAGUGGAGCACUGGCUUGUGUUCCUGCUUUAGUGAUUGCUUAAUCUGUGCUUUUGGUUGCCUCUGUCCAAUUGGUUUAAGCUGCUACACUGCAAAUAAGUAUGGUGAAAACUGCUGCCUGGGUUGUGUGCCAGGAGGCAUGACUGCCAUGAGGACUCAUAUGAGACUGACGUAUGGCAUCCAGGGGACGGUGUGCAACGACGCCCUCAUGACUUUUUUCUGCGGACUUUGUGAACUGUGCAGGAUGGCCCGAGAAAUUCGCAUCAGGAAUGGAGACGUUUCAAUGUAACAUGAUGAUUUUAUAAGCCCUGCACUUAUUGUUCAGUAUAAUAAGUGUAAUUCCGCUCACAUUAAAAAAAAUUGUAUAUGGCAUGCUUUUACUAAAAACAUAUUAUGUGCAUGUCUAAAAUGAUUUAAACAUUUCACAUCCUUGUCAUGCUUGUGUAAAAUUAGAGAAAGACUCAAAAUGUACAAGGUAUAUGAAUAUUUUAUUAAAAAUCAAACUGCUUAUAUGGGGUUCUAUUUUUUAUCUGCUUCCAAAAUGUCAAAUGAAUCCCUUAAUCACAAGGAAAAAGGCUUAAUGAACUGGACAACUAUAUUGUUUCUCCUUUAAUAAUUCUAUAUCAGGAAUUUCCAUCCCCUAUUCUGAAAUAUAUAUGAGCAGCUUAAUUUGACUUGAUAGCAACACUGAAAACAAUAAUCAAUUCUGAAUUUUAUUUUUUUAUAUUUUAUAGGCAACAUGAACUUGUUUUUAUUCGCUUUUAGUUGCUUGUAAACCUUUCUGUUGUUCUCUUGCAGAGUGUUGAUAAAGAGAAAGUUUGUCUCUGCUUGUUAGUGUGUCGACCACAGAUCUGAAAUAAUAAAUAGUUCCAAUAUGAAGGCAGUAUGCCCUGCGACAGACUGGCGACCUGUCCAGGAUGAACCCCGUCUCUCGCCCGGAAUGCAGCUGGAGAUAGGCACCAGCAACCCUCCUGACCACAUUAGGGACAAGGGUGACCAGAAAAUGGAUGGAUGGAUGAAGGCAGUACACUGUCACCUAAAUCAUCUGCAGCCUGUCAAUAGACUUGGGUUCAGUUAGGACGAUUUGUUGAUGUCCGAUGAUAAAACUAUUUGGGCCUCUCAGAUUAAGGCCUACAAUGAAUGGUAAACAGUGCAGAAUUGUCAUCUGACAGAAAAAUAACUCCAGUUUGGGGCUUAGCUGCUUGUUUAAAGUAUAUUUUAGAUCAUUCUUCUUGGGGUGUUUUAAAACCAUAAUAUCAAACACAUACCAUGGAAAUUGGCAAGGCAGUUCUGUAUAGAACUAUCUCUUGCUUUGGACAUUUUUAUUGUAUUCUCUAAUCACACACAUAUGAUUAUUUUAAUCACAUUUUAUGAUCUCCAAGCUAUAGUUGCACAAAAAUUCAAUUAAUAUUUUAUCAUAUACAGAAUUGGAUAAAAAGGCAUUUUUCACUUACAAAUGUCUUACUUUUUUGUUUUUAGUCUCAGAAUCAUAGAACUCAAUUAAAUAUGUCAAAAUAACCAGAGCAAAUUUGAAAAGCAGUGUUGAAAUGAUGAUGCCAUAUAGUAAAGCUCAAAUCCUUUGGUUUGUUCAGUUUAACAAAGUAAGAAAAUAACUUAAUUACUAUCAAAGGGACAUUUGAUUUUUGGAGUACUUCAAACUAUCCAAGUUUCUUCAAAACAUCAUAGUAGAUAGUGAUGGCUGUGGGAAGGAAAGCUAUCCUGCUGUGGACUUUGUGUUGGAACUGUUCUGAAGAAGCUUGUGACUGAAGGCACUGUAUUAUUGCAUCAUAAGCCUUUCAAAAGGAUGUUUGUUAUUGUCCAUUGCCUGCAGGAGCUUGUUGAAUGGCGUGCAAUAUGUUGAUAGAACAAUAAAGGCAAACGCAGAACUGGGUAGAGAGCAAAUAAUUUCAAAAUCAGACUCCUUAUAAAAAUCAUCGUUAAAUCAAAUACUAUUGUUAGUCCAUUACUUAACUUGCAUAUAAUAAAUCACAUCAUUACAACCUGACAAAUUCAGGCAGAAGAACUAGACAUUUCCAAAUCUAAGGUUUCCACAACAUAAAACCUUUGAAAUCAGCACUUCUAGUAGGCAAUCUACUUUAGAACAUUGAAAACACUUUCAGUGACUGUUUACGGUAGAUUUUGUCACAGUAAACAAGGAGGUCAUAUGGAGCUUGCUCAUAUGGAGCAAGCUCCAAAUGACUUCCAAAUGGCACAAGUUCAGCAGAUGAACUGAACUUGUUUAUGUUUUAAUGCUGACAAUCUCGUUUUAGUUCUGGCUUUAUUGGAUCUUCAUAUGCCAUGUCCCCCAGGUUUGUAGUUUCUUUGUUAGCAGCAGCUUUCUCUUUACCAGGUUUGAAUGCCCGGCAAAGUUUAUUCAUGUCUACAGAUUUUACCAUCUGAGCUGAAGGUCAUUGCAGGAAUUUAGGAGUUACCAGUAGAAAUGCACUCUGAGGCAUUCAAAGCUUGAAACAUAGUUUAAAACCCAACCCUGAUGUAAACUUCUUUACAAGCCUUUCAUUAAAAUAUCUGGUGCAGUUU